AUAAACUUUAUUUAAAAGUAUCUGUUCUUAUCAGCUUAAUAUCUGAUACGGCUUCCAUCGGAGGCCAUGAUAUUAAACUGAUUUUUGGAAGGCGGCGGAGUGCUCGGAGCUUGCUCCACCUCUGCCACGGGUUGACCCGGUAUUGCAGUACCUCCGGGAAUGGCCCACUCCCCUUUGGGGGAUCUUAAUUUAAUCAAAAAUAGAUCUGUUAAAACUUUACAUAUUCAAAUUAUCCACUACCAAUGAUACUGUCUUCUCUAAAGUCUGUAAUUUUGUCUUCCAGCAUCAUUUCUUAAUUGUCAUUCAACAACUGUGAAAGAAGUGCAUUUUGAAUAUUGAUUGGAAGAAAAUCUUUGGAAGAUUCUGAAUAUAGUAGGACAAAACUAUACAUUUAGCAAGAUGCAACUCUUUUUACAAAGUGAUCAACUUUAUUCCAUUGAAGUUCCUGAAAAUGAAAAGAUAUCUUUUCUAAAGAACUUUAUUGAAAUCACUGAGAAUUUACCACAAGAAGAACAGUUAUUCUAUUAUGGUGGUAAACCUCUUCAUGAAGAUGAUAAUAUUUCUGAUUUUCUUAUGAAUGGUGCUACUGUUGACAUUUCUAUAAGAUUAAGGGGAGGCAAAGUUCAUGGUUCUCUUGCUCGUGCUGGUAAAGUUAAAGGACAGACUCCAAAGGUAGAAAAACAGGAGAAGAAGAAGAAGAAAACUGGCCGUGCCAAGCGUCGCAUGCAGUACAAUAGAAGAUUUGUCAACGUUGUUCAGACAUUUGGAAGAAGAAGAGGUCCAAAUGCUAAUCAGUCGUAAAUGAAAAAAUGCAUAUGGAAAAUGUAAUUCUCUGUGAAUAAACUUUGAAGAAGUAAAUAUAAGUUUUAA